CCUUUUCCCAGUGGACAUGUGGACGCAAAAAAAAUUUAACAAAUCCUACAUCUGGUUGGCUGUUUACUCCCUCAUAUACUUACACACGCAGAGAAUCGACUCCAAAAUGGAAAAGUCUGCUGGGGGCUAAGCAAGCUUUCUUUGGCUCGUUUUUCAGUGUGAAACGUGUGCCAGGAGUUUAUCGACACCUCAGAGGGACUGAAGACUUCUCUAACUUUGCACCGGAAACUGAAAGAUUCUCUUUCUCACACUGACAAGAUGUAGAGAAGAGGAUGCUGCAACAUCAGUCCCAGUGGACAGUUCAAUGAACUUCAGAAUCAUCUGCAUAAUCAGCACUGACGUCAUGGAGACAGACUCCGCCCAUAACCUGACUUCUCCCAAUGUGUCAUCGUUGGUCCAUAAUAUGACAAAUUCAUGUGACGACAUAUUCCCCUCAGCUUCACAGUACCAGAAGAAAGUGAUCCCCACCUUAUACAGCCUCAUCUUCGUACUGGGUUUUCUUGGUAACAUGCUGGUGUUGUGCGUGUUGUAUCACAGUUCAGGCCGAAGGACCGUAGCCAACACCUAUCUGAUGAAUCUAGCCAUGUCAGACUUGCUGUUCUUGAGCUCUUUGCCAUUCUGGGCUGUGUAUUAUUCACUGGAUUACAACUGGGUUUUUGGGAAGGUUAUGUGUAAGCUGUGUGGGGGUCUGGUCACGAUAAACGUCUAUGCUAGUAUAUUUUUCAUCACCUGUAUGAGUGUGGAUCGAUAUCACGCCAUUGUCUACCCCCUGCACUCUCAGAGCAGGAGGAGCAUAAACCAGGCCAGAUGUGUCAGCGGCAUCAUUUGGGUCAUCGCGGCUCUGACCACGUUGCCAACCGUUGUGUUCCGUGAAAUACACACUUUCCCCAGUAACGUCACGGCUUGUGUCAUUCAUUACCCCAACUCCUUCUGGCAAACCGGGUUAACUCUUGCGAAGAACACCCUUGGAUUCUUCUUGCCUUUUGUUGUCAUAGCAAGCUGCUACAGCCGAAUCGCCGUGCACCUGUUGGCCACCCCGAACUACCUGGAACAAGACUCGGGUCGAUUGGUCCACGUGUUGCGUUUGGUGAUCGCCGUGGUAUUGGCGUUUUUCUUUUGCUGGUUCCCAUUCCACGUGCUGGCGUUCCUCGGAGUUCUGGGAGAUCUGGGUGUGGAGUGGGAUUGUUGGGUGAUCCAAGUAACCAAUAAACUCCUGCCAUUCUUCCUCUGCCUUGGCUUUUCCAACUCUGCCAUAAACCCUUUCCUGUACUGUUUUGUGGGAAAUCACUUCCGAGAGAAGCUGUGGCAGCUUUAUGGGGAUAUGCUGGCACAGAAAAGAGAUUCUAUCAGCACAAGACUGUCUUCCUUCUCCAGGAAACUAAGUGACUUCAAAGAAACCGUGCCUAUGGAGAUUCUUGAACAGCAGAACAGCCUGUAGUGAAAUCUAGUGAAGCUAUAGCCUAUCCUUUAAAUGUCAAGAAUAUAAGGACAGGACCAUGUCAUUGUCAGUCAAGUGCUUUUCCAUGGCCUGUUCAGGAUGAUCAGGUCAGAUUAUGAUGUUGGUUGAUUAGAUAAUGUUAUUUUGCUGUUUUUCUAAUUAUGCAAAUAACAUUUGGUUACAUAAUAAUAUAUAGAAAUAUAGCUCAAAUAUUAUUCUUUUGUUGUUGAGAUUCUAUCCAGGAUGAGGAACUUGCUGAUUUUCCCGCACAAAUCAUAGAUAAUUAAAAAAAAAAAGUUUUUGAAUAUAGCUGUACAGUCUUAAUAUUUUGAGAACUGGUCAUAUCAGCACUGUAAAGAACACUCAAAUGUUAGACAGUGUUACAAGUGUCUUUCUUUAUAUGGAUGAUAUAUAUGGAUGUCUUUAAGCUGUAAUAUAAAAAGUCACAGUAAUGUAACAUGAGCUGUUUAAAUUAUAAAUCAUUGUAAAUUGAAUUAUAAUUCUAUUAUAAUGGAGCAUCAUCAAUAAAUUAUGUUAACAAGUAAACAUCAUCACUCUUUUGUUCUGUGAUUUAUCUAUCUAUCUAUCUAUCUAUCUAUCUAUCUAUCUAUCUAUCUAUCUAUCUAUCUAUCUAUCUAUCUAUCUAUCUAUCUAUCUAUCUAUCUAUCUAUCUAUCUAUCUAUCUAUCUAUCUAUCUAUCGCUUUGUUUAGGCCUGCUGUCUCAAUGCCUUGUGUCACUCAUCUUAAGAGUACACUUGAGUUAACCAGCAGCAGUUCUUCUUGAAGGAAUCUGAAAGAACCAGCUUAGCAUUUAGUGAUAGGAUUCAUUCUGUCUCUGAAGGUUUUAGUUCAGUAGUGAUGUAUAGUAGCCUACAUAUUUCUCAUAUUUUACUUAAUGGUGUUCAGUUUUCUAAAGUCUGUCAUUUCCUGUAGACACGUUCACUGCACACAUUUCCUUUAAUGUCUUUUUCUCACACUCCAUUUUGCAUUAUCCUGUUGUUGUCUUGGUUAUUUGAACACUUGUCAUUUGCUCCAUUGAUGCAAGCUCUUUUCUAAACCCCCUGUCAAAGAAAUAAUCAAACAGCAUUCUCCUCUGUCAGUAAUUAUUUCAAUCUCAGUUUCUAUAUAAGAUCAAGAUUUUGGAAUUUUUUAAUUGAUGAAGUCAUAUAGAUAAGAAAUGAUAUGAAGCUCCUUCCAAACCAACAGAUGCACUUCUGAGAUGUAAUGAGAUGUCUUAUGUCUGAAAGCAGUGAAACAGGCUGGAAACUGCAAAUUCAUCAUUCAUUCAUUCAUAAGAUAUUGAAUGCAGAAUGCAGUAAAGGAGGAGGAUGUUUUUAGACAGAUAAAAAAUGUUGAUUGAUGGUAGACAAAAGAGAAGCCAGGGUGGUUGUUGCUUAAUAGAUAAAAAUCUGGACUUUUGGUGCAAAGGUUUCAUGUACAGAUCUCAAUAAAGAUUUACGGAGAUAA